UGUGGGCACUUCACUGGCUGCAGCCUGGAGAUGACGUGUCCGUGCCUGAGAGGAUGAAUAUGCAAACGAAGUUGACGUAACGAUACAUCCUCCUUUUAUCAUCAACCAGAAGGAAAGAUAAACUCCAUAAAGUAAAUAUUGUAAUAUAUAAAUUCAAUUCGUAUUAUCUUUAUUAGUUUAAAGAAGAAAAAGCAUGAAUAUUUCAGCUAUUGAGAAUCUUACUUUUCAACGAUCUUUGUUGCGGACUGGUGUGGGCGGAGUCAAGCGGAAGCAGAAUCAAGAUGGCCACCAUCACUGAAAGGAUGGCGCCUGUCUUGGUGCUCUGGCUGGCCGUGUGCCUCAGUGGUACUUGGGCUGUGGACAAGGGCAACUUCAAGACCUGUGACCAGAGUACCUUCUGCAAGCGUCAGCGAGCGUUGAAGCCUGCUGAGUCUCCCUAUCGAGCCCUGCUGGAGACCAUGGAGCUGACCAACACCAGACUCACGCUGCAGCUCAUCAAUGAUAACAAUAAGGUGCGUCUGCUGCUUGAGCUCUACCGUCUCCAGGGAAACAUGACAAGGGUGAAGAUUAACGAGCUCAAGCCACUUAAGCCUCGCUAUGAGGUUCCAGACGUGCUCAUCAGGGAGCCUCCUACUGAGCCCCUAUCUCUCUUGUCUCAGGACGAGAAUGGGGUUGUGCUGUCCCUGGGGGCGGAGUCUCAGAGGGUCAUCGUCAGCGCCCAGCCCUUCCGAUUGGACAUCAUGGAAGGACGAGACGUGUUGAUGUCGCUGAACUCGCGUGGCCUGCUGGCCUUUGAGCACCUGAGGAUGCGCAAGGACACUUUCUCCUAUAAAGUAACUAGCACAGUGGCUAGCGUGUGGGAUAAUAUCAAGAGGGUAUUCUCUAGUCAGGUAGAGCCAGAGGCCGAGAAGAAAGAGGAGGAUGAUCCGGCAAACCAGUCUGAGACCACAAAAGAAGAGGAAGAGAAAGUAGAAGACGGGAUGUGGGAGGAAACGUUUAAAUCACACUCAGACAGCAAACCAAAUGGUCCAUCUGCUGUUAGUUUAGACUUUUCGUUGCCGGGUGUGGAGCAUGUCUAUGGCAUCCCAGAACACGCAGAUACCCUCAGACUCAAAACAACAGAUAAUGGAGAUCCAUAUCGGCUUUAUAACCUGGAUGUGUUCCAGUACGAGCUGUAUAACCCUAUGGCCCUUUAUGGCGCUGUCCCAGUCAUGUUGGCCCACAACGCCCAGCGGACCACAGGCAUCUUCUGGCUCAAUGCCGCUGAGACCUGGGUGGAUAUUAGCUCCAACACAGCUGGAAAGACUGUGUUUGGAAAAAUGCUAGAUUAUGUUCAAGGCUCCAGUGAGACUCCACAGACAGACGUGCGUUGGAUCUCUGAAAGCGGCAUCAUUGAUGUCUUCAUUAUGCUUGGGCCAACACCCAAUGAUGUUUUCUCUCAGUAUGCCUCCCUCACAGGCACCCAGUCCUUCCCUCCCCUAGCUGCUGUGAGCUACCACCAGUGCCGCUGGAACUACAAUGACCAGGAAGACGUGGCCUCAGUGGAUGCUGGCUUUGACGAGCACGACAUCCCCUAUGAUUAUAUCUGGCUCGACAUCGAGCACACGGAUGGCAAGCGCUACUUCACUUGGGAUCCGCACAAGUUUGCAACACCAAAGGAAAUGCUGCAGGGUCUCAUGGACAAGAAACGCAAGAUGGUGGCCAUUGUGGACCCACAUAUCAAAGUAGACAGCAAUUACAAGAUCCAUAAUGAAAUCCGCUCUCGGGGAUUCUAUAUCAAGAAUAAAGAUGGUGGAGACUACGAGGGCUGGUGCUGGCCUGGUAGUGCCGGCUAUCCAGACUUCACGCGUGCAGACGUGAGAGAAUGGUGGGCCAGCAUGUUUGCCUACGAUCAGUAUGAGGGUUCCAUGGAGAAUCUGUAUACAUGGAACGACAUGAAUGAGCCGUCAGUCUUUAACGGGCCAGAGGUGACAAUGCACAAGGACGCAGUGCACGGAUCCUGGGAGCACCGUGACGUGCACAACUUGUAUGGCUUCUAUGUGCAAAUGGCCACAACGGAGGGUCUGAUCCAGAGGUCAGGAGGAGUUGAGCGACCCUUUGUUCUGACCAGAGCCUUCUUUGCCGGGUCACAGCGCUACGGUGCUGUGUGGACAGGAGAUAAUGCUGCUGAGUGGGAACAUCUGAAGAUCUCUAUCCCCAUGUGUCUGAGUCUGGGCCUGGUUGGAAUCUCUUUCUGUGGUGCUGACGUCGGUGGUUUCUUCAAGUCUCCGAGCACUGAGCUGCUGGUGCGUUGGUACCAGACGGGGGCGUACCAGCCGUUCUUCAGGGCCCACGCCCACCUGGACACCCCCCGCCGCGAGCCCUGGCUGUUUGGUCCGGAGAACACGGCGCUGAUCCGUGAAGCGGUGCGCCAGCGCUACGCCCUCCUGCCCUACUGGUACCAGCAGUUCUACCACGCACACCGCACUGGACAGCCCAUCAUGAGACCACUUUGGGUGGAGUAUCCCCAGGAUCCUGCUACUUUCGCUCUGGAUGACGAGUUCUUGAUCGGUAAAGAUCUGUUGGUGCACCCAGUUACUGAGGAGGGAGCCAGGGGAGUCACCGCCUACCUGCCUGGCAAAGGCGAGGUUUGGUUUGACGUUCAAACCUUCCAGAAGCACAACGGGGCCCAGAACCUUUACAUCCCUGUCACCAUGAGCUCUAUUCCAGUGUUCCAGCGGGGCGGCUCCAUUAUUCCCAAGAAGAUGCGAGUUCGCAGGUCCUCCUCAUGCAUGAUGCACGAUCCCUACACUUUAUAUGUGGCUCUUAACCCCCAGAGAACUGCAGAGGGUAAGCUUUACAUAGAUGAUGGCCACACCUUCAACUAUGAAAAGAAGGAGUUCAUCCACAGGAGGCUGUCCUUCGCCAACAACAUCCUCUCUUCUGUUAACUUGGCUCUAGAUGCCCAGUUUACCACCCAAUCCUGGAUUGAACGCAUUGUCAUACUGGGAGCCAGUAAACCCAGCACGGUGACCCUGAAGACUGCUGAUGGUCAGGAGAGCCAACUAGAGUUUGACUUUGACGCCUCCAUGUCUGUGUUGACGCUCCGCAAGCCCGGCAUGAACGCAGGGGUAGACUGGAACGUGAUGCUUCAGUAACCAUGGAGACAGGAAAGGAAGAGCAGAAGUAGAAAAUUAGUAAACUGGACUGAACAGGAGAGAGGAGGAGGAGGAGGGGGGGGGGAAGGCACAAGGCGCUGAUCUCAUGACUAACUACAGCAAGACAACAGGAUAGCAAUCAUGGAAAAUAAAGGACACACACACACACACACGUAGACCUGUCAGUCAAACUGAGCCACGUAACAUCGCUGCCAUGUCCCUUAUUUGUUCAGUCGCACUGUAAUACCUAACAGAGGUUACUACUAGAUAGAUAAUUAUGUUUGUCACAUUUUUCAAAUAGAUAACAAAUGAUUAAAUGUUAUCAUUGUAAUUAAUAUUUGGGCUAAAGAAAGAACACACUUUGUUGUCCAUCCAGUCUGCUUCAGAAGAAAGAUCACUGGGGGGGGAUUGUUUGCCAUUUCAAAUGAAGGUUCACAUUGAAAGCACAUGCUCUACCUGUUGGUGAUUCCCUCUUAUCUGUUUCUGACUCGAUACUCAAAUUCAUUCCAGCCAAGCACUUCAAUCAGCUCAGAGCUCAACCUUCUUUACUCUUGCCACGUUUCAUAUAUUUUGGGGAGGGCUUGCCAACAAUCAGCUUUGUGGCUCUACACUUAAAGGUGGAGUCAAACAGCUAAACAAAUACACCCCUCCGGUCAUUUCAGAACGUUGUGCCAGAUUCUCUUUCUACAUCCAUGGCCUUUCCCCGGUCCUGUGCACGAGCACGGCUGGAGUAGUGUUUGCUUGUUUCCCAUUAACAGAGCCAGGGCUGUGGAUGAACACAGAACGGAUAGCUAGCCGACCGUGAGGAAAUGAGUGUAUUGGAUUAGAAUAGCUGACUCCACCUUUAUUUUUACCUCAAAAUGGAGAAAAAAUUAUUAUUUUUUUAGCAAUCCUGACUUGUUAAUAAUUGUUUAGUCUCUCCCUGAGCUCGUCAGUGAUGAAAAUGGAAAAUGAUACAUUAUUGUCGCUUCAUUACGGAAGUAAUGGGGUCGUUCAACUGCUGCAGAGAGAGAUUUCCAGCUGUUCUGAACAAACUCGGCAGUGGGUAGCGCCUCAGGGGGCUGAACCACUGAUGUUUGUGGAUCAUCCUGUUGAUGCGCUUUCUUUGUUUUAUCGAGUUCUUUUCCCAGCACUGUUUACGAAAUAAUUUUUAAUGCACUUCAAGAAGAGCGAGAACUUUAAAGUUUAGAUUUUCAUGUGUUACUAGGUGUCAGGACUGUCCAGGGUUUCCAGUGUGUCAUUUGGAUCUUAUUGAACAGGUCAAAUCUAAUCCUUGAAAGGUUUUACUAGCAAAUGUUCAUUUGAUUCUCUGGAGACUCUAGAUUGUGUCCCGUCUAGUCAAAUGAUUGGACCAUUUAGGAGUUUUGUUCUAUGAGUUUGUCUCUCCUUUGAUUGUUUUUAUGAUCAUUAAUGUACAUGUUGCUGCAAUUUUGUUGGCUUGAAUUGGUGGAAAUGGAAGUGAAGGAACAGACUGUCAAUUAAAGUUGUCAAAUGUACUAAAAGAUAAAGACCAAGUGAAAAUAAAGUUGACCAAAUGUAAAA